AUGAGCAAUAAGCCACCAAUGCCGAUUCCUCAUCGAAGAGCCACCAUAUCUUUUCAGGAAAGAGCUCGCGCAAUGUUACACAAGAAUCUGAAGUCGUUGAGGCGAUCGAUUUCUGAGAAACUCCUUGGUGCCAAAGCAGUAAAACAGACACAGAGCACGAAUUCCGUUGAGAAACCCGAUGAGGUGCCCGGAUCAUCACAAUCAUUGGCUGAGGAUCCUUUCCGGGAAUAUCUGGCCUCCUACAGCGACAAUGUGACUCAUCUUGUGUAUCAUGGAUCAUCAUUGAGAUCCCUUUCAUCUUAUGAUUUGAAUAAAGAUGAACAUCGACAAUCCACACACAGUCAUUCAUCUCAAUCGAGUACCGAUUCGAGUGACACGACGACAUCAACGAUUACUGACUCUUCUUCUAAAGAUGAGAUUCCAAAAGAUGAGCGAAUCACAACAAGACGACGGGAUUGCGGAGAGAAAAUGCCGUUGAGACACGGGCUUUCUGUAACUUUUGCCGCU